UCGAGAGAAAGAAUCAAAGAGAUCAGAAACGAAAGAAGGGUUUUCAUUUUCUCGUUUUCAUUUUUCCGUUUUUCGUUUUCGUUUUUCGAAUUUUUGAAUUUUGAGAAGAAGAGGGUGGGAAGUGUAAAAAGGAUAGGGCCGAUGAACGGAGGAGGAGGAGGAGGAGGAGAAGGAGGAGAGGAAAUGGAGGAAGAUGGGAAGGAUGCGAGGAAGGGGAAGGAGAUGGAGGUGGACAAGAAGAAGGCGGUGCUCAUGUGGGGGUACCUUCCCGGAGUCUCGUUGCAGAGGUCGCCGCUUCUUUAUCCCGUCGCCGUGCCUUUGCCUGGUUCACCGAUCUCCGGGGACUCUUGGAAGGACGUUUGUGGUGGUGGUUGCGGUUUCGCUAUGGCGAUCUCAGAAUCAGGGAAGCUCCUUACAUGGGGUUCAACAGAUGAUAUGGGCCAAAGUUAUUUGACUGCAGGGAAGCAUGAGGAAAUUCCGGAGGCUUAUCCACUUCCUACUCAAGUAGCUGUAGUGAAGGCUGCUGCUGGGUGGGCUCACUGUGUUGCAGUUACAGCUCAUGGAGAUGCCUACACUUGGGGCUGGAAGGAGUGUGUACCAUCUGGGAGGGUCGUUGUAGACCAAACCAUGGGUGAGGCUGUUGAAAAGGAUGAAAAAGAAGUGAAAUCCAGGUCAAAUGUUUCUAGAGCUACUGGUGGACCUGUAUCAAGUAGUGAAACUAGAGGUGGAGAGGAAAGUGCAAAGAGGAGAAAGUUAUCUUCAGCUAAACAAGGGCAAGAAAGCUCAACAUCUGGGGAUGAAAAUCUUUCAGCACCACCAUGUCUUGUAACUCUCAAUUCUGGCGUGAGGAUCACUGCAGUAGCUGCUGGUGGACGUCAUACACUGGCCUUGUCUGAUGUAGGCCAAGUUUGGGGUUGGGGCUAUGGAGGGGAAGGACAGCUUGGCUUGGGUUCACGUAUCCGCUUGGUGUCCUCUCCUCAUCCUGUCCCUUGCAUUGGAUUGGGUGUUUAUGGAAGAGAUCGUUCAGCAGCUAUUAAAAGGAACAGCAGUUCUGAUGAGCAGGUUUUCAUGGGCAUUGGAAACUAUGUCAAGGCUAUUGCUUGCGGAGGACGUCACAGCACUGUAAUUACUGAUGCCGGAGCACUACUGACUUUCGGUUGGGGACUUUAUGGCCAGUGUGGGCAAGGAAGCGUAGAUGAUGAGCUGAGUCCGAAAUGUGUCACCGCUCUUCUCGGCAUCAAAAUCAAAGGGGUUGCUGCUGGCCUUUGGCACACACUUUGCAUCUCUGCCGACGGUGAUGUAUACGCCUUUGGCGGAAACCAGUUCGGGCAGCUAGGAACCGGCACUGAUCAAGCCGAGACUCUGCCGAAACUCCUGGACGUGCCAUGUUUGGAGAACAAGAAUGCAAAGAUAAUCUCUUGCGGCGCACGUCACAGUGCCAUUACCACAGACGAGGGAGAGGUGUUCUGCUGGGGUUGGAACAAGUAUGGCCAGCUUGGCCUCGGUGAUGCUAUCGAUCGGAGCCUACCGACCCAGGUACAAAUAGACAACUGGUUCCCUACUAAUAUCUCCUGUGGCUGGUGGCAUACGUUGUUGCUUGCCGAAGCUCCGACCUGAAGCUCUUAGACCCUCACACAGUUUUGUUAGUAGGAUUGAUAGCAUACUAUGUAUGUAUACAUCAUGCACAUGCCUGAAUUCAUUUUUUUAUGAAAUCUAAAUAUGUUGCAUUGUGUACUAUCAA